GUUAUUAUCUUCAUAAACAACAUAGACUACGUUAGAGAAACAAACCAUUAAAUAGAAUUCCUCAACUUGUCCUUUUUUUUUUUUUUUCCUGUUGGUUUGUUUACUCUUAAGUACACAUUUUUUUUUUUGCCCGUUUCCAGCUUUGCAUGUAAACCAAAUUGUAACCCACAGAAACCAAACGCGUAAAAAACCAUACUCAGGAAAAAUGUCUCCCGCGUUACUAUCAUCGUCGCCUAGGAGCCUGAAUGCAAACGGUUGUAUUCAGGAUCCUCUGGAAAACCAAUACCAGAAAGGCGUGUUACAUUUGAGUGAAAUCGGGAUAAAAAAUGUUCCCCGGAAAUACGUCUUUCCUGUCUCUGAACGUCCCGAAAUGAACUUAAAAAAGGGGAAGUCAUCAUCACAUAAAGGUGAUGGUAAUCUUCACCUGCCAAUCAUUGAUGUUGCAGAAUUACAAGGUCCUAGACGUGCUGAAGCCCUGAAAGCUCUCUCCAGCGCUUGUGAAAACUACGGGUUUUUCCAGGUGGUUAAUCACGGCGUUCCGGUGGAAGCAAUAAGCAACAUGAUGGACGCGGCGAAGCGAUUCUUCGCGCUGCCGACGUCAGAAAAGGAGAAGUACAUGUCACCGGAUUUGAGCAAGGCGGUGCGAUACGGAACCAGCUUCAAUCAGCUAAGAGACAGAGUGUUCUGUUGGAGAGAUUUCCUGAAGUUUGUGUGUCAUCCUCUUGAGGACGUCAUUUCCGACUGGCCUUCUUCUCCCGUAGACUUCAGGGAAUUGGCGGUUACCUACGCUAAAGAGACCAAAAUGUUAUUCCACACAAUAGCGGAUGCAGUCCUGGAAAGCCUUGGACUAUCCAAUGCCAGAAUGACAACAGAUGAUCAAGAUGACGAAACCUUAAAGGAAAUUAAAAAUGGAGGCCAGUCAAUGAUAAUCAACUACUAUCCAUCCUGCCCCGAACCCGAUUUGACCAUCGGGCUUCGACCCCAUUCCGAUUUCGGUGUCCUCACGCUUCUUCUACAGGAUGAGGUUCCGGGUCUUCAGAUUAAACACCAAGGAAAAUGGUUCACCGUAGAACCCAUUCCGGGUUCUUUCGUAAUCAAUGUUGGAGAUCAACUUGAGGUAUUAUUCUCUCUUUCCUAAAAUUAUUAUCCAAUUUAGAUUUUUUUACUUUUAGUUCAUUUUUUCGGUUGACAUUGUUUGUAUUAUUUUGUUUUCAGAUAUUUAGCAAUGGAAGAUACAAGAGCGUAGUACACAGAGUUAUUACAAACUCCGAAAAGUCACGAAUCUCGGUGGCAUCUUUCCACAGUUUUCCGUUCCCGUCGGUAGUUCGGCCCUGCGAACGGCUCAUUACCGAAACAAAUCCGAGGAAUUACAAGGAAACCAGUUUUGCUUCAUUCGUAGAUUACAUGAAAUCAACUGAUUACAAGGAGAAGAGUUUCCUGGAAUCCCUGAAACUGACUUGAAAAUCCGACGAUUAGGAAAGACGUGCUUUGACCUUGUUUAUUUUUGUGGCACAUAUUAAUCUAGUUAUAGUAUAUGUCGAGCCCUAGUAGGAUUUUGUAGGUCUAAUUUUUUAAACGAUAUUUAAUCAGUCAGUCAGAAGGCUCGUUGAUUUUUGUUUAUAUGUACUUCAACUUUCCAGCGUAUGAUCAAACAUUAUUCUAAUUAUAAUUACA